CAUGAAGAGAACCUUUGAAUCCUGUGGGCUAUGCCAAGAAGAAGUUCUACAAGGAUGUGAAGAGAUACUAUUGGGAUGAGCCCUACCUUUACAUUCUCUGCAAGGAUCAACUUUAUAGAAGAGUGGUUGCAAAUGAGGAGAUUGAUGGGAUCCUUACACAAUGUCAUGGAUCAUCCUAUGGAGGCCACUUUGCCACCUUCAAGACAGUUGCAAAAGUGUUACAAGCUGGAUUCUGGUGGCCACAUAUGUUCAAGGAUACACAAGACUUUGUUUCGAAGUGUGAUUCUUGCCAAAGAAGAGGAAACAUCACCAAGAGGAAUGAGAUGCCUCAAAAUCCAAUCCUUGAAGUUAAAGUGUUUGAUGUGUGGGGUAUUGACUUCAUGGGACCAUUUCCAUCAUCUUUUGGCAACAAAUACAUCCUUGUGGCAGUUGAUUAUGUCUCCAAAUGGGUGGAAGCUAUUGCAAGCCCCACCAAUGAUGCUAGAGUUGUAACCAAGAUGUUCAAGAGCAUCACCUUUCCAAGGUUUGGAGUCCCAAGAGUUGUGAUCAGUGAUGGAGGUUCUCACUUCAUUAACAAACUGUUUGAGGGACUUCUCAAGAAGAACGGUGUAAAGCACAAGGUGGCAACCCCUUAUCAUCCCCAAACAAGUGGUCAAGUUGAGAUUUCUACAAGAGAGAUCAAGUCCAUUUUGGAGAAGAUUGUGGGGAUCACAAGGAAGGAUUGGUCCAAUAAGCUUGAUGAUGCACUUUUGGCUUAUAGGACAGCGUACAAGACACCACUGGGCACCACACCUUUCAACCUAGUGUAUGGGAAAGCUUGCCAUCUGCCAGUGGAGCUUGAGUACAAGGCACUAUGGGCAAUAAAGUUGCUGAAUUUUGACAUCAAGAGUGCCAAGGAGAAAAGGAUUUUUCAGCUACAUGAGCUUGAUGAGAUAAGAAUGGAUGCUUUUGAGAACUCAAGGAUCUACAAGGAGAAGACUAAAGCUUUCCAUGACAAGAAUAUCCUGAAGAGAAAGUUUAAAGAAGGAGAUCAAGUUCUUCUCUACAAUUCUAGGCUGAAGCUAUUUCCAGGAAAGCUUAAGUCAAGGUGGUCCGGUCCUUUCAAAGUCAAGGAGGUUAGGCCAUAUGGAGCAAUAGUUUUGUGGAGUACUGAUGGAAGAGACUUCACAGUCAAUGGGCAAAGGGUUAAGCUCUACAUGGCUACUGCACCAGAGGAAGAUGGGGUUUCAACUCCACUGUCUGAUCCUACCCCGGCCUAAUCCAAAAGGAGGCAAAGUCAAGCUAGAGACUUAAAACAAGCCCACUUGGGAGGAAGUCCCAUGCGUAUCCUUGAUAUAUUGCAUUGGUGUUUUCAUUUUCAUCUUAUUGCAUAA